GCCUUCUCUGUUCUGGGGGUUGGAUCCCGUAUUUUCUGCGUUUGCAAGACUCUAUAUUAAAGAUAUAAAAGAAAUGAGAGAAUCUAAACAAGUGCCAGCAUUAGGAUUUGAUGCAACAAUGACUAAUCCCUUAAAAGAACACAGAGGAAAGCAUUAAAUCUGUCCAAUUACUCUCCUGCUAUAAAUGGUGACAACAAGGCUGGAAAACCACUCAGAUAAAAACAGCAACAGUGUUGUCUUAGAGGCCUUGAAAUGAGAGUGGGUGUCGCACUCGGUUGUAACACAUAAUCACAUCAUGAAAAUGAGCUUUUCUCAGAGAUAUCACGCACCAUUGCAUUGUGACAGCUUAUCAACAAGCAGGGGAAGCUCCAAAUAAUAUAAAAGGAGGUAUAUUCUUUUAUAACGGGCACCCAGUAAGACAGGUGGACGUUGUUGGGAUAGUGGUUCAUACUAAAGAGCGAAAUGCCUUUUACAGUUAUGGAGGAAUGUGCCUGUUCCAGGCUAGGUCAGCAAACCCACUGGGAAACAGGAAGACAAGAAAAUGACUUGAAAUUGGACCCCCAAGUAGGGAGAUUGUUUCAAAACAUAUGAGACAAUGCAGAGGCAUUUUGCUUUGAUGCUAUGGUUCCCAGAGGAAACGACCGCAGUGGAUGAUAGUACUGGAGUUAUAAAUUGUGUCUGCUGGAAAAAUCCCAUGGUAGCAGAAAGAUCUUUAUCAGGCUGUCCAAGCACACUCAGCAGUCUUAAAGUGCUUGAACAGAUGAAGAAACUCCAGGAAACGGUGAGCCAGAAAACCAAGCUGGCGAUUGGGGAUGUUGUCAGGGUCAGAGGUUACAUCCGAACCUACCGGCAACAAAGAGAAAUUCAGGCUUCGUGUUUUUAUAAAGUGGAUGAUCCUGUGUGUGAUGUUCAGAUUUCAAGAAUGUUGGAGCUCCCUUGUCUCUAUAGAGAAGUUUACGAUAAACCUUUCCAAAGCCCAGGGGAGGGACAGAGUGGCCCAGAGGGUGUGGAUUUCUCAAUUUGUAUUCUGCAUGAGAAAGUGAAAGACUUCCUACUAGAAAACAAAAUUCAGACCUUUUACCAACAGGAGCUGGAAAUGAUUGAUACUCUGGUGUCCCUGGCUGGUGGGCCGCUCUCCAGUCCCAGCUGUCAGGUGAAUUCAAAAACUGACUCCAGCUCCAAAAGGAUUCACAGUGUUUUUAAGGAAGCAAUAAGGAUGCUACAAGAAGAAGGAAUGGUUUUCCAGAAACCUAGUAGCUCCAAGGACUUGUACCAUGUGACUGACCAUGAUAAGGAGCUGCUUAAAGUGACCCUCGAUGUGGUUAAAGAGGACUGCCGAAAACCCAGGCAUGUUGAAAAAGGCUGCCACUUUCUUCAUAUCCUGAGUUGUGUUCAGCAGAACUACAACCCCAGCCUGGCUGAAGUGGUGAUGCACCGUGUCUUGGAACUGCUGGAGAGUAACAGUGAUGUUGUCAGCACUAUGGAAGGAUACUAUAUGGCAUUUUAAAGAGGGAAGAUGAGAUAUGUUUGUUCUGGUCCAAUCAGGAUAAAGUGAGGAAUAAGGAACGGUUGGGACAGAACUCUGACACUGAAAAACUGCUAUUACCAAGUAUGAGCUAGAUGGGGGGGGAAAAAAGAGUGUUCUCCUUCUCCAAGUGCUAUUUUUGUCCAGCUCCUGAGAAGUUGUCCAAAUAUUUGUUUUAAUAUUCUUGCUGACUUCCUCCUUAUUACUAGUGAAAGUUGUAUCAAACUGAUUCUGGACGUCCUAACACAGCAGGGGAGCUGGAAAAGAAGCUGGACUUUUUCUCUGCAUGUCCUUCCCUGAUAAACAGUAAGAUGUGACAUGGCCGUCUCACAUCUAUGUCUGGUGAGCCCUAAAGAGAAGUCACUGCUAAAGAGCACUGUUUACAGUAAUGAUCAUGUCAGGACUCAUCAUUCUGGCUUAAAGACUGGUGUUGUGAUCUUUCCAUAUGGUAAUAGCUGUUCUUUUUAUGUAUGCUUUAUAAUAGCUAGAGAAAGCACUUGAAAGAAAACAAUCAAAAGGUUUGCCUGUUCUUCCUGGCAGUGUUGGUGCACCCAUGUAUGUAUAUGUAUAUUCCUGAAUGUGCACGGAUAUGCUACUCCUAAAGCAGUCCCCACCUUCCUCUGAGAAGUAAUAUUCAGGAAUGAGGUCCAGCAUCCCUUUCCCAUCCUGCAGCCUUCUCCACUGCUUGUAAAGCUUGUCUGGAUUUCACUGGCUACUGCAUACACUACUGAUGCAUGUUAUUGUGGAUUCUAUUCAGACAAGAAGUCUCAAAAUCAGCCACUGUUUUGCUGUUUAUUUUUAAAUUGCUUUCUACAUCACAAAUGAUAAACCAUAAAUCAGGUGCUUUGGAAAAGAAAAUAUGAAAACCAGCAAGACUCGCUGUGACCUUCUUGCUUCCGGUUGCCUUUUGCGUCUCCUUCCUUGUCACCUUCAGGAAAAGUACUAUCCAUAUUCAUGCUUGCAGCAGAACACAAGACAUCAAUGAAAUAAGAUCAGCCUGGAGAAGGUUACCAUGCAAGGCAUUUGACCUAGAAUAAUCAAAACUCUGGUGUGUGCCAAAGUUUUCAAAGCCUGGAGCUGUUCAGUAUCUGCUUGGAGGGCUUGCUGCAGCAGGGGCUUGUCUAAGUACUCUGUUUAAUUAAUGAUGUGGAGGUGAUACCUUCAAUUUCAAAAGAGUAAAAAGGAAAAAUGUAUCCUUCCUCGCUGCUCUGCACCUUCCCUGUAACAGCUGAACUAGCAGACUCCCAGGAGGCAGAUGUAGUGGUAAAGCCCUAUAAGGAUUGACAUAGCAGGGAAAAAUAAACCACAUGCAUGAGGAAAGCCAGUGAGUAGCCCCAUGUGUGCCAAGUCUCUGGUUUGCUGUUAUAUUAUAUGCCUCAUUCCAAGCCGUAGCUGCAGUGAGAUAUAGGCUAAGAGAAAAGUAUGAUGAAAUAUUUGGCAUUUGCAUUGAGAGGCCUGUGGAAAACUCCAGCCUUAAAGAGAUGGUGCAUUUGUCCAUAGU